AUGUCAAUCGAAUUUACGUCGAAUAACCACUACCUCCAGGUGGGAACCAAUCAUGGCAACAUCAAUGUCUUUACCGAACCAAGAUCAGCCAGUCAUUCCGAAGACACUCUCGAUUCCAAAGUGGGUGGCAGCAUUGAUGCUGCCACUAGACGAGCUCUGGAACAAGCUCUAGUCAACAUCCAAAGAUAUCUUGACAUUGCUCAGCGAGAUAUAUCUCUACAUUCGCGAAUCAUUGGCAUGAUGGCACAGAUAGGAAGUCUUCUUCUGAACAUCAAAGAGCUCAAAUCUGGACAAUGGGGCUUCCUAGACAGCGAGGUCGUAUCGAAUGUCUUUUCGCUCUUGUAUUGCUGCACCAUAGACUGCCGCGAGCUCUCUUCCACUCGCCUUACGAACUCUCCGUCUCACGAUGGGCUUACCGCAUGCCAUUUGGCACUUCAAUGCGUGUAUGGCGCAGCUCUGAUUUCUUGGUCUAUUGAAACGGGGGCUAUGAGCCAGAUUGUAAGGCGAGAUCUGGGGUCAGGCAUGUCAGCUUCGGUGAAGGAAACCGUGGCGUACAAGCAGUUGAGUAUUAUGGAAGCAUGA